UAAAAAUUAUCACGUGACCUUCAACAAUGUCGGAUUCUCGAUCGUGUGUACGAAGAAAAAUCACGUAGAUUUUGAAGAUUCCUCGACGACGCAUGUUAAUGACAGGCCAUAACCUACAUCAACGGUUUUUAAAAUUGAUGUUAGAACUUUGAAACUGAGCUUAUUGCAGAAGACAGAUCAAUAGAACCAGGUUGAUGAUAGAUUUUCGCUAACUCCAGCCUUCAUGGACAUCCCAGAAUCAUUAACAUCACUAAAUGCUGCAGGUGGUGACGAAAGGGUGAACUUUAUCAUAGGAGAAAUACCAAGUGAUGCAAAGUCCCAGAAGAAUCUGAGGAAGCCUGGUCAACAGUACCGGUACUGCAAUAGAAUGCCAGUAGUGCAUGAACAGGCAAGCGCAAACAAUGGGCUCAGCACAUCGCCCUCUGCUGUCUCGGGCCUGUCUCGCUGGGAAGCCAUGGAGAUCAAACCAAAGGUCGUCGUCGGGAUCUGCUGCAUGGGCAAGAAGGCCAGCUCAAGACCGAUGCGGGAGAUCCUCCACCGGCUUGAAAAGUUUGAGUAUAUAUCCUUGGACAUUUUUGACGAGGAUAUGAUCUUGAACGACCCCGUGGAGAGCUGGCCCCAGUGCAAUGCUCUCAUCUCGUUCUUCUCCACGGGCUUUCCGUUGCACAAAGCCAUCGAGUACGCCAAGCUACGUAAGCCACUGGUCAUCAAUGAUCUUGAGGCACAGUACAACCUGCAUGACAGGAGGAAAGUGUUUGAGAUUCUAUCUGAGGAGGACAUACUAGUUCCCAGACAUGGUAUCCAUGAUAGAGAUUGUGAUCCAGAUGAUUUCUCCCUCAUUGAGAAUGAUGAUGAGUUGGAGAUCGAUGACGUCAUCUUCCGCAAGCCAUUCGUAGAGAAGCCUGUAUCAGCAGAGGAUCAUAAUGUCUAUAUCUACUACCCGUCGUCGGCUGGAGGUGGUAGUCAACGGCUCUUCAGAAAGAUGCGCAAUAGGAGUAGCAUCUAUUCUCCAGAGAGUCGAAUAAGAAGGGCAGGCUCUUACAUGUAUGAAGAAUUCAUGCCUACAGAUGGUACUGAUGUAAAGGUAUACACAGUAGGACCAGACUAUGCCCAUGCAGAAGCCAGGAAGUCACCUGCACUGGAUGGGAAGGUAGAGCGAGACAGUCAUGGAAAGGAGGUCCGUUAUCCAGUCAUACUCACCAACUCAGAGAAGAUGAUUGCAAGGAAAGUCUGCCUGGCAUUCAAGCAAACUGUAUGUGGGUUUGAUCUGCUGAGGGCCAGUGGAAGAUCCUAUGUGUGUGAUGUCAAUGGAUUCAGCUUUGUCAAGAACUCAAAUAAGUAUUAUGAUGACUGUGCCAAAAUCCUAGGGAAUAUGAUCAUGAGGGAGUUAGCUCCAAAAUACAACAUCCCAUGGCAGAUGUUCACCUUAGAUGAAGAGAUACCAUACAUGCCAACCACAUCAGGAACCAUGAUGGAGCUCCGAUGUGUAAUAGCUGUUAUCAGGCAUGGAGACAGAACACCUAAACAGAAGAUGAAAAUGGAGGUCAAGCAUCCCAAAUUCUUUAGUCUGUUUGAGAGCUAUGGUGGACGCUCCAAGGGUAAGGUGAAGCUGAAGAGGCCUGAACAGCUGCAGAAGAUUCUAGAUGUGUCAAGAUAUCUGCUAGGAGAACUCAAGUGGCAGAAGCACAGGAGUCAGCCUGAGAUUGAGGAGAGGGAGUCGAAGCUAGAGCAGCUAAAGGCCGUCCUGGAGAUGUACGGCCAUUUCUCAGGGAUCAACCGUAAGGUGCAGCUCAAGUACCUUCCCAAGGGCAUCAUGAAGCACUCCAGCAGUGAAGAAGCCUCUCACUCAGGUUCUAGAAAGUGGCCAGAUUCGAAAGGAGAACCAUCCCUUUUGCUGAUUUUGAAAUGGGGUGGAGAGCUAACACCAGCUGGUCGUGUUCAGGCGGAGGAGUUAGGCCGUGCGUUCAGAUGCAUCUAUCCUGGAGGGCAAGGUGACUAUGCUGGUUUCCCUGGGUGUGGUCUACUUCGUCUCCACAGCACCUAUCGUCAUGACCUCAAGAUUUAUGCUUCAGAUGAGGGGCGUGUCCAGAUGACAGCUGCUGCUUUCACAAAGGGCAUGCUAGCUCUGGAGGGAGAGCUGACUCCUAUCCUUGUGCAGAUGGUCAAGAGUGCUAAUACAUCGGGUCUGCUUGACCAUGAGAAAGAAUCAGUGACCAUCCAAGGAAGGGUAAAAGAAAGACUGUGUCAAUCCUUCAGUAGAGACAGAACAUUUGGUCCAAGGGACUUUAAUGAGCUGGCCCCCACUGGAAGUAAGUCUUUACAAGACUCCUUGACCUUCAUUAAGAAUCCUGUACGUAUGUGUGAGAAGGUUCACCGAGUCAUCAAGAACCACACUAAGAUGAUCAAAGACACCAUGGAAAACCCAGAAAACAAAGAUUUUGGCUUGUAUCAUCAUGAGACAUUGGAGCUGAUGCUGAGAAGAUGGGUGAAGCUUGAGAAGGACUUCAAGCUCAAGUCUGGCCGUUUUGAUAUCACCAAGGUGCCUGACAUCUAUGACUGCAUCAAGUACGACAUGCAGCACAACUUCAUCCUCAAAACACUGGGAUUCUCACACAUGGAUGAGCUCUACAACUCUGCAGAGAUGCUUGCUGAUUUUGUGAUUCCACAGGAGUAUGGCAUAACAACCAGUGAGAAGCUUGAGAUUGGAAAAGGCAUCUGCACCCCCCUCCUGAAGAAGAUCCGCUCUGACCUUCACCGCAUCAACAGCAAUGAUGAGACCACCUACCGCCUUAAUCCCCUCUACUCCAAGGGUGUCAUGUCACCGGACAGACAGGUCCGAACAAGACUCUACUUCACCAGUGAGAGCCAUAUACACACCCUUCUGUCAUGCCUGCGCUAUGGGGGGCUCUGUGAUGAGUCGGACCCUAACUGGCAGAACUCAUGCGACUACCUGGGUGGGAUCAGGGAGCUCAACUACAUGACCCAGAUAGUACUGAUGCUGUACGAGGAUCCCAGUAAGGAUCCUAUGUCUGAUGAUCGGUUCAGGGUGGAGCUUCACUUCAGUCCUGGAGCCAAGGACUGUGAGGAUGAUGAGAACCAUCCCGGAUGCUGCCCGUUCAGAUCCGUCCAUAACUCGGGAAAUGCAUCGCCCUAUGAGAACAAUUCUGAAGAGGAUGAACCAUCUAGCUGCAUCGACUCAUCGGAAGAUGAUUGCUCCGAUCACAAAGCCCAGAAAGGUGAAGAACAGGACAAGGUCACACCCCUUCUCAAGGUCGCAGCCAAGGAUAAAAAGCUUGGUGGAGGGGCUACUGUAGCUCCAGGAGGGAUCAUAGGUGGCAAGCCAUUCUUACGGAUCCAGCCAAUCAAGAUCAAUGAGCCCAGCAGAGCAGCUGGUCAGAGUGAGCCGGUUGGAACCCCACCCUCAUCCCUACUCUCUGCCGGCCUAGAUGACUUGAUGGGAGGAGUUGCCAUGAAGAGUAACACAGGUGACGAUCAUCUCAAGGUAUAUGUACCUACUCAACCUACCCUACCUGGUGUAAAGAGUGCCCCUGAGCUUCAUGAUCCUAACUGGUACUUCAAUGAUGAUAUCCUCAUGAGAAGAGCUUCCACGUACUCUGCUGCACAUCAAGGUCUAGAGCAUCACAUACAAGUUACAUCUAUCAGACCCCUGGAAACUCUGCAUAACUCAUUGUCUCUCCGUCAAGUUGAUGAAUUCCUAGCACGAAUCACCCGUGACGGUGCCGCCACUCCAGAAUGCCAGACACCGCGCAGCAGCAUGCAUCUCAACACCUACACACCACAGCGUGUCAAACCCUCGUCUCUGAACACUCGUGAAUCGGACGGCUCCUCCUACUACAGCCGCUCGGCCAGUAAUCCUUCCUCCAACGUCUCCAGUGCGUUGCCCUCCCCAACGGAGAGUUCCGCAAAGAACUUUGACUUCUCGCUCUUCCUAGAGAGCAUGAAAUCACAGCGGGUGGGUCGUGAAUCGGAAUCGGGACAAGACGAGUCGGACAGGCCCGAGGACUACUUCGCCAGCGAUGAAGCGCAACAUGACGAUGCCAAGGAUGAAAUCCACCUCAUGUCGAUGCCAAGCUUGGAUGACGACCUUGUCAUAGGCUCCGUCUCGUGCGGCUGUAAGUCACAAACAUUCUCAAGCAGUGCGAUGUCCUGCACAACUACUUGCACGACUACAGAGACGACCACAAAGUGGAAAGGUCCCGAGAUACCGACCACUCUGGACUGUGGAGAGUCUGUUGACCCUCAGGAGGAUACGUUAUGCAGUGGUGGUGACGGGAACGGAGGAGAAGUCACGGAGGAAGAGGUAUCAACACCUUGUGCUAGUACCUCUAGCAAUGCUAGCCAACCUGGGGCAACAGCAUUUGAGUUCCCUGCAGAGGACACUGUAGAAGACCUCAAUAAGGAACAAGACUCUUAAUGAUAUCUCUCAACUAACUUGUGUUUUGCUUUCAUCAUUAUGAUUUAUAAAUGGAUAUAUUUUUUUUGUGGUAUGAUACAAGAUGACAUGCAUGAUUUUAAAGAAAUGUUAAAGUUUGUGGAAGUGCAACAAAUGCAAAUUUAUUUAUUUGAUACUACCCAAUCCUGGUAUUCAUAGUAUAAAUAUCCUCUACCUCCCACAGGUAUCUGGUAUUGUUUUGUGUUCCACAUCACCUACUUGUGUCAAUCACAAGCUUGAAUAUUUUAUUUACCUUGAAAUGUGAAGACCUAAUUCAACAAGUGUAAAGUAUUCAAAAGCAUUGUACUAUUAAUUGUAUUGUUGACUUAUGUAUAGUACAAUUGUUACUUUCAAUUUAUGAAUAGUACUUUUCACAUCCCAGUAUCACUUAUUGAGUUCAGUAUUUACAUCCUGUGCCUGAAGCAUCAUGCUUUUGUGUUGUCUGUCAGUCUUUCGUUUCUAUCUGUGAUAUUCAUGAGUUUUUUUCUUCCAGUAAACAGGGGAUAUCUCAUAUAAAAGUUUAUCUUACAGUGAGAUUUUCUUAAUUAAAUUUUGAUUUCAUUUUGUCUAUGGUUGGUCUUUUAAGUGGCUCAGGUUGCCACCUGUCCUGUAAUACAUGUUACCAAAUUUUUGCCAUUCAAGUAUUAAUUGAUAUAUUCUGACAGAAAUCAAAUUUUGAUUUGAUUAGUAUUCCAUGAUGGAAAUUGAACCAAAAUUACAUGAAAAUGUUAUCAUGAUCUCAUCUUCUGCAUACUUUUUUUGUGAUUUUUUAUACGACACAUAUCAUGAUCUGGUAUUAACUUUAAAUCCAUGUGAAUGAUUGCGAAUCAUAUAAUUUGGCUACCACAGAAGCCACUAACUAUUUAGUAAGACAUGGGCAAAGGCAUUUGGCAUACUCACAUUUUCAAACGUAUAUUGGUAAGGGCAUAUUGGCGAUGAAUGUGUAUUCAUACUUUUUAUGGGGGGGGGGAAUAGGAGAAGAAUAUUUGUGUGAUGUUCCUGCGGAGAUGAACGCAUGGGUUUUUACUUUUGUCAUUAAAUUUGAAUGGUUUGAUUUUUUAUCAGUGCCUAUUUGAUACAGAUUAUUGGAGAGAAGAUUUUAUUUUAUAUGUGUUGAUAUCUGUCUAGGUAAAUAUUCAGGAGAAUAUUCAUAAAUAUUCUAAAGUUCAACGAUAUUGUUUUAUAGAAAAGUAGGGAAUUGAUCGGUAUCAAUAUUUAGUUUGUUUCCAUAAUGUCUUUGUAAUUUUGAAAUCAGUAUCAUACACCAUGCCAAAUCAUCUGCAGUUACUAUAUAAUUAAUGUGAAAACAGAAAUACAAUUACAUCAUACUUUUUAUUUAGACCGAAUGCCAUUUUGUUGUUCUAGUGACACAAAACAAUUGCAUGAAAUGAACUUCCUAAAUAACAACACAAUGGUUUUAUUGUCACUGGUUUGAAGAAGCGGUUUAAACUUGUACUGUAAUUCUAAAUAUUUCAGCAGAUACCAAAAAUCUAAUUCAAUUAUAUUAUUCAUUUCCUGUAGCUAUAUUUAUUCAUGGCAUCUUCUAGUUGUUACCUUGUGGCCUAAUACAUAAUUGAUGUAGCAAACCUUUCAAAGAAAUUGUUAUAAUGUGAAUGAAUAGAUUUCCUACGAAUGAAGGGUUUGUUGCAUUACCAAUGCAAGCUCUUUCAUGUUUUUCUGUUAUUGCCUUAUUCAUACAUGCCAACUCUUCAGAUUAAAGAGGAACAUUCCUCUUUUUGGGAGAAGAUAAUUAUCAUUUUAAUGCAGGUUUUCCUCUUCCUGUACAAAUUUGUCUGUAGUAUUGAA